AUGCCACCAAAAGCUGACUGGGACAAAUACGUACCUAAAGAGGACGAGGACACCGCUCCUGAGAACAUCGUGCCUCUUUCUGAGGGAGACAUCCAGGUUCUCAAAACCUACGGCGCCGCCCCUUACGCCAAUUCGUUAAAACAGAUCGAAAAGGACCUCAAGGACGUUGAGGACAGAAUCAAGGAGAACAUCGGCAUCAAGGAGAGUGACACGGGACUCAGUGCCCCUCACUUAUGGGAUGUCAUGGGCGACAAGCAGAGAAUGUCGCAGGAGCAGCCUUUACAGGUUGCCCGUUGUACGAAAAUCAUAGAAGCCACAAACCCAACGCCAGCAGUGGGGAUGUUGGCCAAUGCCGACAACAAGAGCAAAUACGUCAUCAACAUCAAGCAGAUUGCCAAGUUUGUGGUUGGUUUGGGCGAAAGAGUGUCGCCUACGGAUAUCGAAGAAGGCAUGAGAGUUGGUGUGGACAGACAAAAGUACGAGAUCCAGUUGCCACUUCCUCCAAGAAUCGACCCUUCGGUGACGAUGAUGACGGUCGAGGAGAAACCCGAUGUUACAUAUGGUGACGUUGGUGGCUGCAAAGAGCAGAUUGAAAAGCUUAGAGAGGUUGUGGAGCUUCCUCUCUUGUCUCCAGAGAGAUUUGUCAAGUUGGGAAUCGACCCACCCAAGGGUAUUCUUUUGUACGGUCCUCCCGGUACCGGUAAGACGCUUUGUGCCCGUGCUGUUGCUAAUAGAACUGACGCUACAUUCAUUCGUGUGAUUGGUUCGGAGUUGGUGCAGAAAUACGUGGGUGAAGGUGCCCGUAUGGUUCGUGAGCUCUUCGAGAUGGCUAGAACAAAGAAAGCGUGUAUUAUCUUCUUCGAUGAAGUUGAUGCUAUUGGUGGAGCCCGUUUCGACGACGGUGCUGGUGGCGACAACGAGGUGCAGAGAACCAUGUUGGAGUUGAUCACACAGUUGGACGGUUUCGACCCUAGAGGUAACAUCAAGGUCAUGUUUGCCACAAACAGACCCAACACGUUGGACCCAGCCUUGUUGCGUCCUGGUCGUAUCGACCGUAAGGUGGAGUUCAGUCUUCCUGAUUUGGAAGGCAGAGCCAACAUCUUCCGUAUUCACGCCAAGACAAUGAGUUGUGACAAGGAGAUCCGUUGGGAGUUGAUCUCGAGAUUGUGUCCCAACGCCACAGGUGCCGAGUUGCGUUCCGUGUGCACUGAGGCCGGUAUGUUUGCCAUCAGAGCCCGCCGGAAGGUUGCCACCGAGAAGGAUUUCCUCAAGGCUGUCGACAAGGUCAUCAAGGGCAACCUCAAGUUCUCGUCGACCUCGCAGUACAUGCAAUACAAUUAA